CGCCGGUUUGGGGGGGGGGGGGGGUUGAGGGCGUUACGUAAGCGUAAUGCCAAUAACCUACUUUGGGGGAAACACACAUUCACUCCACAAGCAGUAAAGUACAGCAUUUAAAAUGUCCCCCCGAAUUCUUGUGGGAUGUAACUGCAGUGUGUUUACUUGCUGACAACUUUAUUUAUUUAGCCUAUCUAAAGUCACUUGAGGCAUCUUACCAAUGACUCCUUUUUAAGCUUUUGUUUCUCCCCCAUUUUACACUUUGAGAAAGUGACGUGGCCGUCCUGAUCAAAUCUGCCACCUUGUCCACUCGAGAUAAAACUUAAGGUGCCUUACAUAAUGUUCACUUCACUUGCGCUCAAGGUUCUUUUCUGUUUGAGACCAUGUUCAAGCCCCCAAGUGUGUAUCCCCUCACGCUGUACUUUUCCACUAGCAGCCACUUUUUUUUUUUUUUUUGAAUCCGAUCCCCUCCCCUCCUGUUGACUUUUUUUCUUUUUUCUUUUUUUUUUGCUGCGUGCGUGCGCCAUGUGAACCUGCGUCGCAGUGCCGCUAUAAUUGAUCAUUAGCUGAGUUUCAUAUUUGUGAAUCAAUUUCACAAGUUAUUGCAAAAUAAAAAUGUUGGCGUAUUUAUGUAUCUAAAAGUUUACAUUAAUCGGUGCAAUUUCAAGAGGGCGAAAAUAACUGGAACGUUCUCACUUUGUCUGCUUCGUACCUCUACUAAAUAUUGUAGAACACUAACCAAUUGAAAGACAAUCAUAGCCCCAAAACUAACGAAGCAAUUUUUGAAAAUAAUUUAAGUUGUAGGGGAAUAAAUAAUUGAACGGUAUCUGCACCAAAUAUGACCGAAUUCUCCCUUCAUUAAAUGUUGCGGAGAAGUCAUAAUAUUUUAGGCCCAGUCAUUGCCCAAAAGCUUGCAAUCGGGGUUAAAAUAUUUCAGUUGGAAACAAGAAAAAAAAAAGGGCAUUUAACGCCGAAGCGCAUGACGUUGCAGGGGAGCCCCAUGUUUUAUUUACGGACGUCAUAAAUCUCAACUUUGAACCAUGUUAGCAUCGUCUCGGUGGACAUUCCGCAGUCAGGUGUGCUUUUAUCGUCACAUGGUGUUGUCUCUGAUGCUCUUGCGCAAAAAAACUGUGCAAAUAGGCAGCGAAAAGUACACUUACUUUUUGUUAUUUGACGUCAGCACGCCGGAAGCGAGGGCGUGGCCGAAGGACUCGCUUGCCGAGCGUUGACUUCUCCGAUUGGUCCAUGCCCGGCACGGCUCGUCCAAUCGGAGCGAGGAUGUCUCUUGAGCCACGCCUACCCAGAAACGCCUCCUCCGGCUCCGUCAUAAAGGAAAAGAGGCAAACUUGAAAGCUGACAGUCGCUUCUUUUUUCGCCGUGUUGCAUUUCCUUCCUCGGCCUCGCCGACAUGACGAUUAAAAGUGCAACAGGACAGACCGAGAUGACUUAUUCCAAGUCGAAGGGGCUUGUGGCCUUAGUCAGCGCUUUCAUGAAACAGCGAAGGAUGGGACUCAACGACUUCAUCCAGAGGCUCGCCACCAGCGCCUACACCUGCAAACAUGCGGAGGUGCAGUCCAUCCUGAACCUGAGUCCUCCGCAGGAUGCUGAGCUCAUGAGCACCAACCCCUCUCCACCCCCCAGCCCAACACAGCAGAUCAACCUGGGCCCGUCGUCCAACCCGUCAGCCAAGCCCAACGACUUCCACUUCCUGAAGGUGAUCGGCAAGGGGAGCUUCGGCAAGGUGCUGCUGGCCCGCCACCGUCAAGACGACCGCUUCUAUGCCGUCAAGGUGCUGCAGAAGAAGGCCAUCCUCAAGAAGAAGGAGGAGAAGCACAUCAUGUCAGAGAGGAACGUGCUGCUGAAGAACGUCAAGCAUCCUUUCUUAGUGGGCCUGCACUACUCAUUCCAGACAGCCGACAAACUCUACUUUGUCCUCGACUACAUCAACGGUGGAGAGCUCUUCUACCACCUGCAGCGCGAACGUUGCUUCCUGGAGCCCCGGGCGCGCUUCUACUCCGCCGAGAUCGCCAGCGCCCUGGGCUACCUGCACUCGCUCAACAUCGUCUACCGUGACCUCAAGCCCGAGAACAUCCUGCUGGACUCGCAGGGCCACGUCGUGCUCACCGACUUCGGGCUCUGCAAGGAGAACAUCGAGCCCAACGGAACCACCUCCACCUUCUGCGGCACGCCCGAGUAUUUAGCUCCUGAGGUUCUCCACAAACAACCGUACGACCGCACGGUGGACUGGUGGUGCUUAGGAGCCGUCCUGUACGAGAUGCUCUACGGCCUGCCUCCCUUCUACAGCCGCAACACGGCCGAGAUGUACGACAACAUCCUGACCAAGCCUCUGCAGCUCAAGCCCAACAUCUCCAAUGCCGCCCGCCACCUCCUGGAGGGCCUCCUGCAGAAGGACAGGACCAAGCGGCUGGGCUGCGCCGACGACUUUACGGAAAUCAAGAACCACAUGUUCUUCUCGCCCAUCAACUGGGACGAGCUCAACGCCAAGAAGAUCACGCCACCCUUCAACCCCAACGUGACGGGCCCCAACGACCUGCGGCACUUUGACCCGGAGUUCACAGACGAGCCGGUGCCCAACUCCAUCGGCUGCUCGCCCGACAGCGUGCUGGCGACGGCCAGCAUCACGGAGGCGGCCGAGGCCUUCGUGGGCUUCUCCUACGCACCUUCCAUGGACUCUUACCUAUAGGGGGGCGGGGAAAAAACUCUUGUCGCUUUGCAACAAACUGCUGUGUGUAAAUAUUCCACAAAUGGACAACACAAAGUUGCUGAGCGCACAUUCCGCCAACGUAGCCACCGUCAUCAUUCCUUUUUUUCUAUUUUAUUUUAAUUUCACAGGUUGAAGAAAGGAGCUCGCUGAAUGUUACAGAGUGGCCGUUUGUUGUCAAUGGUGCCUUUUUUUGGGGGGGGGGGGUCUGUGAUGGCGGGCUUCAAACGAGGGGCGCUGCAGCACCUUGAAAACGCAGCUGAUCAUUUUGCGCACCGAAAUAUUGCAAAUGGUGAACAAGAGAAACUUGCUGCUAUGCUGCCACAACGUGCGAACACAGCGCCCUAUACGUGUCGUCAUGGUCCCGUUUUUUUUUUUCUUUAGGUCAGCGAGCAUUAAUUCACUAACCAUUCUGUACUAGUGUGCUCGUCAUGUUGUUGAACGCUAUUUAAGUUUGUAAAUUGCCAGUGGAGUGAGUUGAGACGCGAGUGUGAAGAUGCGCUCGUGUAGUCUGUUAAUGUAUGCAGAUGAGACGAGUGUUGUUUGCAAUAAAAAAUAUUUGAUGGUCUCACAA